CAGUAGCAGACGAACUGCGAACCGAAAGUAGCAUUUAUGCGUCGGUGAACAGAACGUUUGGGAAAUGGAUGUCGGUUGUCAUUAGGUGACAUUUUUAACUGAAGUUCCUAUUAGGUUUUGGAAUCGUGACGGUUUUAUUGACUCCAAGCAACGUGUGGACAAACUUUAAAACUCAUAUAAUAUGGAUGAACUGAUUUCUAGCACCCAGAGGCUAGUUCACCUCGAUCUUAAAGGAGCCCCACCAAAACUUUCGUAUCUUGAGAAGCUUAUCCCUCUCUUCAAAGAAUGGGGCGCCACAGGAUUGCUUUUAGAAUGGGAAGACACGUUUCCAUAUCAUGGUGGAUUGACAGUCGUUGGAUCGAAGAAGCAAUCGGGUAGACCGUACAGUGAAGAAGAGAUCAAGCGCAUCUUGCAAAUGGCAAAAGAGAGCGGUCUUUGUACUAUUCCCCUGGUUCAAACUUUUGGACAUUUAGAGUAUCUGUUGAAGCAUGAGGAAUGGCAAUGCUUGAGAGAAGUUCCUAGGUAUCCCUCCUCUAUAUGCCCAUCACAUCCCAACACACAGGAUGUUGUUUGGGAAAUGGUAAAGCAAGUUAUUGAUUUUCACUCUGAUAACUCAGAUCUCGAAUAUCUUCAUAUUGGAGCUGAUGAGGUUUGGCAUUUAGGUUUAUGUGAAUUGUGUGCACAAAGAUGCGGAAGCACAGCUGAUGGCCGAGCCCAACUAUUUGUAGAUCAUGUAUUGUCAAUUGCAAGGCGCAUUAAGGAGUCCUAUUCCAAACUGAAGCUUAUUAUGUGGGAUGACAUGUUACGCAGUGUUCCAGUCUCGGUCCUUAAAAAUUUUGGCCUCGGUCAGUAUGUAGAACCAAUGGUGUGGCUGUAUUUUGCGGGUGAUGGCUUCACUCUUCCAGAGGGUAUGUGGGAUAGAUACAGUUCAGUAUUUUCUUCAGUAUGGAUAGCAUCUGCAUUUAAAGGUGCCACGGGAAGCUGUCAGCAGUUACCUGUUUUGCCUCAUCAUGUGUCUAAUCAUGAGCAAUGGCUCAAAGAGCUCCCCAUUAUUGCCUCAAAAUUUGAUAAUUAUCGAGGGAUAGCUCUCACUGGAUGGUCCAGGUAUGAUCAUUUUGCAACUCUCUGUGAGAUGCUGCCAGUAUCGCUUCCAUCUCUUGCUCUGUGCCUCCGUGUUUGGAUCAAAAAUGGAUUUUCAGUUGAAGAUGUUCAGCAUGUUGCUAGAACUUUAGGAUUUUCAAAUUCUUCUUUGCUAGGAAUGGAAUUGUUUCCCAGGCCUAAGCCGAUUCCAGAAGACCUUUCUUUCCCUGGCUGGAAAGCAUUGUCUAGUAUGGAAGUGUUUUGUAACUUGGAACAUCAAAGCAGAAUACACCUUGAUAGCAGUCAAAUAAAAACUUGGCUGAACCCUUGGCAAGUUAAAAACAGCUUUGGUAACCCAAUGCACGUGGAAACCUUUAUUCCACCAUUAACUCAAUUGCUUCUUGAACUUGGAAACGUUGAGAGAUUUUUGCGAGAAAGUUUGGAACCUCUUGUUUUUUCUGAAGCUAUAGAAGAAUGGGUUGCAACAUGGAUAGAUCCUUUGAGAGAACAAGUUCAAAAGCUCCUUGAUGAUGCUCGUGCUCAGAUCAAGACAGAAGAUGUUUUCCCCCUGGUACACCUCUACUUGCCCCACCUCAGCAACAUGCAACAAUGGGCUUUCCAUUUGUAAUACACUCCAUUGUUGAUCUGAUUCUUGCCGCAGUCCUUCACUUUACUCUUUGCUUUCACAUCUUUGCUCUUCCUUUAACUACCUGUAUCACUCCAGCCACCAAUCAUGCACUUGCCUAUUUCC